AUGGACUCCAAACUUUCCACUAUAGCCAAGGUCUCAGGGAAAACGUUCGACUUCGUCAUAAUCGGUGGGUCCUGCGCUUCAACUGCUGGCCUUGCCCUUGCCGCACGUCUGAGCGAGAACUGCGGAGUUUCUGUCGCCGUUCUCGAAGCAGGAAAGGCGCACCUCGAUGAUGAACUCGUCCUAACUGUGCAAGGAUGGCAGCGGCAGUUCAUGAAUCCCGAGUACGAUUGGAAAUUCCCGACGGUUCCUCAGCAGAAUGCAAAGGGCAAGACCCUGCUCUGGAGCCGCGGAAAGGGCCUGGGUGGGAGCUCGGCCAUGAACUUCCUCAUGUGGAGCCGGCCGCAGCGGGAAGACGUCGACGCCUUCGAGGCCCUUGGUAACCCCGAUUGGAACUGGGAGCGGUUCUAUGAAUACUCCAAAAAGACAGAGAAGUUCUGUCCGCCAUCGGAGACGAGCACCGACGACCUCUACAACAAAGAUGCAGUAGGGUCCAACGGCCCGCUAUCGAUAUCAUUUGCGCGAACCACCUCCAAUGCCGAGCUCCCGUUUAGGAAGAGCCUACGGGACAGCGGCAUCACCCUUAGCAAUGACGCAUUGAGCGGCAGUGUCCUGGGAGCAUGGAAGACCGCCUCCGUGAUCGACCCUGUCACGAACACUCGCAGCUACGCCACCAACGCAUACCUGUUACCCGCUGUCGACCGUCCGAAUCUGCACGUCCUCACCGAGGCGUAUGUCACGAAGAUAAUCACGUCGAAAUCGGCAACGGGCGAAGUCGUUGCGUCUGGCGUCGAGUUCCAGCAUGAUGGGACUACGCACAUCGUGCACGUCGCGAAGGAAGCCAUACUCUCGGCCGGAGCGAUCAAGUCUCCUCAGAUUCUCGAGCUGAGCGGUAUCGGAGACCGCAGCGUACUCGAGCCUCUCGGCGUGCAAGUGCAGUUUGUCCUCCCGAGCGUUGGCACCAAUGUGCAAGAGCACAUUACGCACAAUGCUAUGGCUUUCCUUAUGCACGAGGAGCGCGGCAUCGUCACCAGCGACCUCUUGCGCGACCCCGCAUUCCUAGCCAAUUUCGUCAACGCCAACCCCGACUUCAAGGGACUGGCUUUCACCGGCCUCAACUUUGUAUCUCUCCAGAGCAUCUCAAGCCGCGCAGACGAGAUCAUCCGCGAGCUCGAAGCCAAGUUCGCACUUGAGGCCGCGUCGUACCCUCCGGGCCUCAAGGAGCAGUAUGAGCAGCAGCUCAAACACCUCAAGGACCCGAACGUGCCCGACGUCGAGAUCAUGGUUACCCCGUUCUCGUUCAACCCUACCCCUGCCACCAAGCCCAUCAUCGCGAUCCUCCCCACGCUCAUUCACCCCUUCUCCCGUGGCACCAUCCAUGCGGCCUCCGCGGACCCCACCGCUCCGCCGGCGAUCGACCCACACUACUUCGCGCACGAUGCGGACCUCGCCAUCUUCACCGAGGCGUGGAAGUUCGCACGCAAGGUCGCGCACACGGGCGCCUUCAGCUCGCUCGUCGCCACCGAGGUCGCUCCCGGCCCCGCUGUGAAGACUGAUGAGCAGAUCAGGGAGUAUGUGCGCAACAACUUCGUGACAACUUGGCAUACGUGCGGCAGCCUCUCGAUGCUGCCGCAGGACAAGGGCGGCGUCGUGGACCCGAAGCUCAAGGUGUACGGGACGCAAAACAUCCGGGUCGUCGACCUCUCGAUCGUGCCGCUGCAGAUCACCAGCCACACCCAAGCUCUGGUGUACGCCAUCGCUGAGCAAGCCGCGGACAUCAUCAAGCACGACCACGGUCUCCACGCCUAAAUCGCCCCCGCCCCCAGCGCACCCGGGCAUAUCUGAUCCGUCAAGUCAAGUCGCAGCAGUCGUACUUCCAAGCCAUCUACAUUCUGCAUCAGCACGUCGUAGUAGUACAAAUAAAUCCAUCCAUCCAGAAACCGUGACAUAUGUAACUCGCAGAUCGCAGUCUACGUGCCAUGCCAUGAAAUACCUAGUACAAUGCGUCUACCUUCUAUCCAACUCAACUCGGACGCUGCGAUGAUGUGCCGUCUACAACAAGAUAUGAUGCGCCAGAAGCCUGAAAAUGAUGUACCUGGCAGAAGCCGCCCCGCCCAAACAGCGAUGGCUCUCCAGGCUCCGAAGUCCCGUCCCAUCCCACCCAUGAGUGCCAAUGGAGAAGCCAGGCCCCGGGGCCUCCUGCACUCGAAGAAGCCUGGGGGAUCCUCGAGCCAACCGAGCCAGCACCUCACCGCCCCCGCCGGCGGCGAUAAUGAUCCUGACCCACCCCACGGCCCGCCCUCCAGGCCCGAGGAACGAUGGAUGCAGUACCAUAUCCAGACCAGUACGGCAUCCCGCCUCUGCGAAGCUGCGAACCAUGCACCGUGCUUCGCGAAGACACGCAGUGUGGUCGCAACGGGGGCAUUUCGGCGCUUCUUCCGCGAGCAGGCCGAGCGAGAUCCCAGUGCACCGUGCAACGGCGUCCAAACGGCAUCCUAUGAUUUCGGCCGCCGGCGCUGCAGCGCAGGGAGCUGCAUCCCGGGGGACGGCUCGAGCUGGGCAGUCCUGACGGGCCCCUUCGCAUGCACCUGCACCUCCCACUCCGCCCCACUCGCCCCCGCGUCCGUGUACGGGACGACCCGCGCCCCAUUCACGUUCUCCCCGUUCGGCCGCCCCGGGCCGUGCGAGCGGGACGAGCUGCUCCUCCGGUGCUUCGGCGGCGACGAGAACGGCGCGUCGUCCAGCUCGACCGCGUCUCGGGAGGACGAGCGCGGCCGACGCGCUUUCAGUGUGGCGGGGGAGCGAUCGGCCCGGGCGCGCGGCUCCCGCCGGGCCUUGGCCGGGCCGAUGUCUUCCAUCUCAUGCUCCCAGUCGAGCUCCUCGCUCGCGCUGGACGCCGUCGCGCUCGUCGAGUCGAGCGAAAGGCGCGACGCGAGCGAGUUCGACGGUCGUACGGCGAAGAGCCCGCUUUGCGACUGCGUGAGCGCACGGAGGUGGUUCGCGGUAGACUGCAAGGAGGUCGAGAAUACAUCGAACACAUUCUGCAAGGGAGCAUCCUGCGAGCGCGCGAAGGCGACUGGUAUGGAAGGUCGGCCGGGGGCGGACCUCCGAGUCGGCAUAGUUUGAAAGCUCCCGGGGGUCAGCCCGCCUGUUCGAGGUGGAGAUGGAGGGUGCGUAGGUGGAGGAAAGUACGACAGCUGGGACGCGGGGACUUUCCGGAGAGUGUAUUCAGACGCCUCGGGCGCGGUUUGCCCGGGUUCCGAUAUGGGACCGACAUGCGAGGUGGUGGUGUCUGAGAGGUUUGGCUGAGAAUCGUCGUCUGGGAGCGCAUUCUUGAGAUGUCUCACAUGCCGCGCUUUGUCAACUGGGAUGUAGAGAGUGUUGCGGAGGUGUAUGGUGUCGGAAGUCCAAAGCUGGUUGGCCCUGCGGAGCUCAGCCAGGGAAAUGCCAUACUUCAGGGCUACGCCAGCUAGCGAGUCUGUAGGUUGAAUCUCGUGUACGAUGACCAGCAUCUCCCUAUCCUGAAUGUUUGCCUGCUCAAACAGCCCCGUGUUCCCUCGAUGUCGAUCUCCAGUCGAAAUUUCGUCCGGUGGUUCGUUCAGGCUCAGCAUUCUUCGCAUAGUCGGCCGGGUAUCAUGGUCCAGUGUGACCGAGCUCGAAGACGCAAUGCUUGGUGCCCUCAAUGGAUGCUGCUUUGCAUCCUUACGAACCAGCCACGAUGGUCCUGCCCCAGCAUCGCUGUCCAGCGUGCGCGCACGUACGUGAGAAGCACCGUCUGCGUCCCCGAGGUCUGUCUUCAUGCGACGUGUUGCCGCAUCGGAACCGUGUCUCCUCUUCGCGGGGCUCGUCUCAUUGCGCCUGACCGCAGAGGAGAAAGAGGAUGUGGAGGGUAACUGCGAAUGGCCGUUGCCCCAGACAGAUUGCAGGUCCGUGUCAUGUUCGUCGCCGUUUAAAGUAUUUCCCAAGCGAGUCAUCAGCCCCGGUUUGGACCGAGAUGCGACAGACAGCUGAACAGCGGCGACUCCAGAAAGCAGCAGGAACUGACUAGAUCGACGCCGAGCACGGUGUGUGGAAGGGUGAGUAGAGGGAGC